AUGGAGUGCAGGUUCAUCACGGCGGAGGAGGUCGAGCGCACGCUCGUGGACGGGAAAGUGGAUGCGAGGCACAGCACGCCCAACGCGCGACCGUGUCCGAAAAUAGCUCUAAACAUGGGUCGCGUGCGAGCGGUUUGGGCGGAUUGCGCGGACAGCACGAGGCUGGUGACGGCGAUCGACGCGGAGACGAACCAUCCGUGCGGGCCGUGCUGA